AUGGCAGAGAAAAGCAAAAUUUUAGUGAUCGGAGGGACUGGUUAUAUCGGAAAAUUCUUGGUGGAGGAAAGUGCAAAAACUGGGCACCCAACUUUUGCACUGGGAGAUAUCUACAAUCAUGAGCGCUUGGUCAGCUUAAUCAAGCAAGUUGAUGUGGUGAUCUCUGCGGUCGCGGGAAGACAGAGUGCCGAUCAAGUGAACAUCAUUGCAGCCAUUAAAGAAGCUGGAAACAUCAAGAGAUUUCUACCUUCAGAAUUCGGAUUCAACGUGGACAAGACCCAUGCGGUUGAGCCAGCCGCAAGCGUGUUUAAGACCAAGACUCAGAUUCGAAGGACUAUCGAGGCUGAGGGAAUUCCUUACACUUACGUGGCGUGCAACGCUCUUGCUGCCUACUUUCUUCCCAACCUUGGACAAUUGGAUGAUGCCACUUCUCCUCCUAGAGACAAAGUAGUAAUUCUUGGAGAUGGAAAUUCCAAAGGUAAUUAAAAAAAUAAAAGAAUCGAUUGAAACAGAGAAGUAGACAAUAAAUUAUAGAUUGAAACAGAUAGGUAGACAGUAAUGAUCCGAUGAAAAAAAUCACUAAGAAACUUUAGUUUUUGAUAGUGGAAUCGAUUGAAACA